CGUUAAAUUGGCGAGGUGUAAUUCGACGCUGAAUUACACUGUUUUGGAUUCCCUCAUUUCAUUUUCAAAUAUUCCAAGUGAGAACUGAUAGAAAGACUCAACCUUGUACUUCUGAAACUCCCGAUUUCCAGAAGUAACAAUGGAAAGCGAGAGUAACAACAACAACAACAGCCACCCAUUUGAGUGUGAUGAGAAUCAAAGUUGUGAGCUUCCAAAUGACAUUGAUUUUUGCAUUGGUGAGGUAGACAAGAUCUUAGAACAGUCUAAUGGAAGCUCACAUUUGAUGGGUAAUCCCAUACAGCCUUAUAUAGGAAUGGAGUUCAAGUCUAGAGAUAGUGCUCGGGAAUUUUACAUAACUUAUGGCAGGCACACUGGGUUUACAGUUAGGAUUCAUCACAACCGCCGUUCGAGGAUGAAUAACAUGGUGAUUGGCCAGGAUUUUGUUUGUUCGAAAGAGGGUUUUCGUGACAAGAAGUAUGUCUACAGGGACAAUAGGGUUCUUCCUCCACCGCCUGUGACAAGAGAAGGUUGUGCUGCAAUGCUGAGGGUUGCUUUAAGAGAUGGGGAUAAGUGGGUUGUUACCAAGUUUGUGAAGGAGCACAAUCACCCAUUGAUGUCGCCGAGUAAAGUUCCAUGGCGAGGAUCUGGGAAGACCUUGAUCAAUGAGGAUGAGAAGGACCGGAAAAUUAGGGAGCUGACUAUCGAACUGAGCAACGAGAGACAGCGAUGUAAACGUAGAUGUGCGGCUUAUCAAGAUCAACUGAACAGGCUUUUGAAAGAUAUUGAAGAUCACAGUGAUCACUUGUCAGAAAGAGUUCAAGAUAUAGUGAAGAACAUUAGAGAACUAGAGAGUGGGCAGAGUGAAGACUCAGAAUAGCAAUGCUACUCGUGCAUUG